UCUUGAGUAUCAUCGACCGGUUCAUGUGCGUAGCUACGACGCCUACCUCUUCAACCGGAUCGCAAGUCUGACGAAACUGCUACGCAAAGGCUCUUACGACGAUGGGUGGUGCCACUGAGCCAUUGCGCAAUCGUGAAGAUCUGCCUGCCGGAUUCGAAGCGUGGCUGGGGGCAUGCCGAUCCGCAAUGAGCGCUUCCUCGCCCUGCGCGAGCACUUCGAGGCUAAAAGUGGAUGAGGCCGAAGAUAACUCCAAGCGCUGUGCACGCUUCUCCAACGCCUCGCUCAAUGCCGCGUUCCCAUUCCGCUCGUCCAUCGAGAGCACCGCGCCUGCACCGUCUGCAGCCAAGGAGCACACCUUCGCAGAAGUGUUGGACAAGCAUGGAGCGGUCACUUUGGACCCUUGGUCGCAAGAAAGGGAGACGGAUAGAAUGCGCAAGGAUAGAGAAAAGGUGGAGCAGUGGAGAGACGAGUUGUUCAAAAGCAGUCCCAUAAUUCGCUUCAUGGUCAAGCACCUAAGCAUCGUCGGAUGCGCUCCCGAGUCUCAACGCCCCGGUCACAUCCCAAUCGUCUUGGCGCACUGCAGCGAAGCAACAGCUGGCGGAUUUUCGCCCCAUCUAACUCGCAAGGAGGAAUCGGCAUUGAUGAUCUGUGCAAAUCACAUCAACAGCAAGACGCACUUGGAGCACACUUUUGCCCACGAAAUGAUCCAUUGGUGGGACCACUGCAGGUUCAAGGUGGACUGGAACGAUCUGAGACAUCACGCUUGCACAGAGGUCCGUGCAGCCUCCCUCUCUGGCGACUGCAGCUUCUGGAGGCAACUUGCUGCACCUGGUUUCAACUUCGUGAAGAGGCAUCAGAGGUGUACGAGGCGUCGAGCUAUUCUAAGUGUUGAAGCGCAUCCUAGGUGUACAAGUCGGGAAGAAGCCGAGCGAGCUGUGGAUGAGGUGUUCAGUAGCUGCUUCAAAGACACGCGGCCUUUCGAUGAGAUCUACUGAUUCCAGGUGAUAGAAAUGUACGACGCUGCGGAUAUCAGAUGCCAUAUUCGCAACGCAUUGAUUGCUCGCGUGCGUGUUACACGCCGAUGCGACACUGAAGCGCUCGGUCGGCGGUCUGCGCGAGGUGUAAGUAGACUCUUCUCUACAAGUAUGGCCACGAAGGUGCUGAGAUUCAAUAGAGCCGGGGAGAGGAUGACCUGAAGCAGAGGUGUACAGGCAGGGUUUGAGAACACAUCGACGGUGUGAGCUAUUCGAGUCGCUUGCGAGCUGAUCGGAUCUGAUGGUACA